CUACGCUCCCGCAACGCAAGGCUGGCGGCAAGAGGCGCAAGGUGCCUCCGCAGACUGUCGCGUCGAUGCUGCACGUUGCGCAGCAGCAGCAGCAGCAACAGCAACAGCAGCAGCAGCAACAGCUGCAGGGGUACCAGCCCGGGGCGAUGCUGACGAUCGUGCCGGGGAAGGGUGGCGCACCUGCGCAGAUCGUGGUGGGUGGUGCUCCGCCCUCCCACUCGCACGCGCCUGCGAGCGCAGCUGCCGGGCAGCAGCCGCCUGCCGGCCCGCAGGCGGCGCAGCCCCCACCUCCGCCACCGCCACAGCCGCAGCCGUCACCUAUCAACCUGCUGCAGCCCGUCAGUGUGGUGCAGAACUUCCAGCCGGCCUUCCAGCAGUUCAUCGUGCCGGGUCUGGGCGGCAUGGUGAUGGCCGCCGACGGCACCGCCGCCCUGUUGCCUGAUGCCGGAGUCCAGCUGCAGGGAGUGCUGCCACCCCAGCCUUUCGCCGGGGCGACCGCGGGCGGUCUGGUCAUUCGAGCGACCGGAGUAGGCCAGGCGGGUGUCGGCGCCCAGGCGACUGCCGGGAAGUUCUUGUCGCCGGCUCCCCCGCAGUUCCUGGUCAACGGGAAUGCCUUCAGUGGACAGCUUAGCCCACUGGUGGCAGCUGGCGUCAGCCCCACACAGCACCACCAGGUGACGUUCCAGACGACGACACAGCCGCAGGUGAGGCCAGAGUUCCUGCAGUGUGCGACAGUACAGCAGACGCAGGCGCAGCAGGCGGGCACAGUGCACGCACAGCACCAGCAGCAGCCGCAGCAGCAGGUGCCGCAGUCGCAGGCGCAGCAGUGCAGCGCCACAGUGGUGCAGCACAACACGACGAUAGUGCAGCAGCAGACGACGAUGGUGGCGUCCAGCCGCGGGCAGCUGCAAGUGGCGGGCCAGCAGCAGUCGCAGCCACAGACGGUCACCUUCCAGCCGCGCCCGCCGGCACCUGCCACGAAGCAGUCGGUUUCGACGCAGACAGCGGGAGCGUCGUGCCAGGGUCCGGUGCGCUCGUCGCCCCCCUGUGGGAGCGGCCAGCUGCAGCCGGCUCCCGCACCCACGCUGCUGCUGCUGUCGGGAGGACCGGGCCCGCCCCCAGACACUACAACCCACAGCCCGUCCUCUGGCCCCCAGCCGUCUGCCGCCGACACCACUACGGAAGGGCUGGCGUCACCCUGCCCCGGACAGGGCGUCGCCGUCGCGUCCUCGAGUGGCACGGACGUAUCUGGCAUGCCCAUGGUGCACUGCGUGUCCUCGAGUAACGAGCAGGAACCUGCCGGGUACCAGGUAACCCCUGGCUCGGCCGCCAAGUACCCUCGCCCCGAUUCGUAUGCCGAGCCGCAGCCGCAGCACUACCGGCAACAGACCCAGCAGAGCGCCGCUACGGGGCGCAGGAAGGCCGCCGACGGACACCGCCACGGCGGCCCAGAGGGAGUCUCAAACUGAACAGCCCACAUGAAAGUGCCAUCCUGCAAGUGAUACCGGACCUGGACCGAAUUUCGCAGAGACGAGUGGCAGACAGUGGAGGGGGGCCGGGUGCCACUGCGCGGUGACCUCUGCCCUCCCCCUCACCGAGCUACGUGGCGGGAGCUCUGUGAGCUACCUGCAGUCGUGCACCACACCAAUCUCCGAUACCGAAUUUAGGCUGCCAGUUUCCCUCUACUGGCAGUCUGACACCGCCGUCUCAGUUCCGAACACUCACAGACAUCGGACGCAUUCAAUUACGGUGCCUCCUCGACGGUGUGAGACUACGGCCACGUGAAGAUACUUCCCGGCUGAGGACAAAUGUGUUACAAAGUCAGUCAGUCUGACAGUUUGGCGUAGAGGAGUAACAGAAAAAUGUGUCAUUACUGCAUUACCGUAGAAUGUAUCACUUGUACUAGUGGACUCGAGGACCGACUUUUUAGUAUUCACCGUGUCGCGGUAAGGUGAAAAAUAAAUAAUCGGUAGUUGCCUUUUCCUGUGAAGCGGGUACGUAGGUCAGUACGUGUGCUGCCGGUAUGGGAGGUAGAUUUUUUUAAAGCUUUUGCAUUUUUAUCCACUUUGUAUAUCACGUGUACACUGCUGUAGCAGUCAGUUACGUUUUUUUGUACUCAAUUUCUGUAACUUCUGAGUUGAUUUUCUGCACUAGUUUAAAAACUGUGUGUCCAAGUUAUCAGUAUCUUGACUCACUACCAGACAAUUUAUUUUGUUUCUGAGAAACUGUUUAGUCAGAAGAACCGAACAUGUUUGUGUAAUCGUUGUGCUGCCAGUAGUGAAUAUGAGUAGCUGACUGUAGCUCUGCAAGUUUUGCCAGGUGGGCGAGUAUUUUGUAUGUCGAGAGCGAGCACCGGUCGAAGAUAUUUUGUAUAUUGACAAUGAGCUCCAGUUUAUUUUUUUUAUGAAUAAUGUAACAUGUAUUUGCACCGAGAAGCUACAGGGCGAUAGAGAUACGGACGGUGUUCCCACUCUGUGUGUCCGUUUGAAUGUGGAAUGAUUGUUUGCACUGCAGGUAGUGCUACUUUGUAACAAAAAGCAGAGUAGCAGUGAGUGUAGCAUGUCUCGGAAGUGAGUAUUUUAAACUGAGUUUUAUGUGAUGAAUGACUGGCAGUAAGGCUGUAGCUACAUCACAUUGCUUUUUCUCCAGAGGCCCUUUUUCCAUAUCCCACAGUACACAACUUGCGAGAGGAGGACCUGUGAAGUGUGCCACUUUUACAAUCUUAUGACCUGGUGUGUCUUAAUGAUCUAAGAGAGCUGUAGCAACUGUUUAGUACACCUCGGGCUCGUUACUUCACUCCUCUCGUAAGUGGGCAGGGUGUGGGAAAUAUGCACACUCCAUUUUAAAUAAUUUGUUGUGCUUUUCUCCUGGUCUUUGCUAUUUUUCAAUUCUUCUGUACCUACUUGAUUUAUGUGAUCUGUAGAUGACAGAAACUGCUCAGGGAGCUGCAGAAGUCUUAUGCAGCAAAGGGUUUUGUGCAAUAUGUCAAGGAAUGCUCUAAGCCCCCAACUUUUCUCUCUCUAUCUCUCUCUCUCUCUCUCUCUCUCUCUCUCUCUCUGUGUGUGUGUGUGUGUGUGUGUGUGUGUGUGUGUGUGUGUGGGCAAAGAAGGUUGAGAUAAAUUAGAGUGAGAAUUACCUGUUUUAAAUAUUAUUUAACUGAACAGCUAAUAUUUAUAGUCAUCAAAUAUGUAGUUGUCAGGCCAAUGUAAAGCUGAAUUCUUUCAGUAUUUGUGAUUGACUGUUAAUUGUGAAUGCUGAUUUUAUACAAUCAUUGUUUUCAAUUUCUGAGGUGCAAAAUGAAGGUAGGGUGAAAAGUGGAGCCACCAGAGAAAGUAUUGUCUUCCCUUUGGAGCCCCUUAAAUUGUGACUGGGAAACUGUUCCUACUGCAUUCGCUUACUUUCAUUGUUAGUGCUGCUAAGUAUUUGCAUAGUCAGUUUUUCGCCUAUGCUGCCAGUUAUGGUUGCACACUGAAUGUUUUGGUUGCUGGUAUUAUAUUUUUAUUCCUAGUGUUUUGUAAUUUGUUUUUCACCCCUCACAUUGUACUAUUUUACUUGUUUUAUUAUUGUAUCUUGCUGAGGUCACAAAAUGAGUAAUGAGGUGCAACGUUUAUUAUGUACCAUUACACAGAGAUCUUUCACGAUUUAAUAUUU